AAAGCUAGGAGUUCCAGUCUGGCCAUGGAGGAGUCUCCAUUCAGGGAACUGGUGUUGGAUGCCAAAUCCGAGGUCACCUGCCAGCUUGUAGAUUUUCAGUGGAAACUGGGCAUGGCUGUGAGCUCUGACCGCUGCAGAUCCCUCAAGUACCCGUAUGUGGCAGUGAAGCUCAAAGUGGCAGAUCCUUCUGGCCAAGUAAACACCAAGUCCAUCGAAAUGACAAUCCCACAGUUUCAGAAUUUCUACAGACAAUUCAAAGAAAUUGCCGCUGUCAUUGAAACUGUGUGAGGACUGAUUCCGAAGUAAUGGACUCUACUUUCCAGAAAAGAACUGCAUAUGGAUGAAAGAUAUUUAUGCAAUGAAAAGUGCACUUCUGGGGCUGGAUAGGUGGCUCAGAGGUUAAGAGCACUGGUUGCUCUCCCAGAGGACUCAAGUUCAAUUCCUGGUAACCACAUGAUAACUCACAACUGCCUGUAACAUCAGGACCAGGGAAUCCUACACACUCCCACAGACGUCUAUGCAGGCAAAGACAAAUGGGUAGAAAACUAAAAAUUAAAAGAAUUUCACUUCCCAAUUUUUUUUCCCAGUUUAAAAAAAAAUUGAUAAACUCAAAUUUUUCAGUGGUCACCAAUGCUUUGCCUUUUCAAUGAGCUAAAAGUGUCUGUGUCGAAUACUAAUAUGUGUAUGUGUAAUGAUAUCUCAACAAUGAGUAAAUGAUACUCUUAAAUGCAGCACUCUUAAAUGUAUAUCAGAAAAAUUUUAAAUCUUAUUGAUACAGAUAUAACUUUAUGAAUAAAAUCUUGUAUAUGAAGUUUAAAAAAAAAAUGAAAGCUAGCAGCCUGUGGUCCAGACUGGAGGAAAGAGGUCGUAUAUUUUAAAUGUCUGGAUGGAAGGAUUUUCUCAGGAAGAAGUAGACACCAGGGGAAAAGCAGAAAUCGCUAUCAGGCAUCCUGGAUCCUGUACCAGCAAUCACUUCCACUGUGGGCGCAACCUCCCUGAGCCCCUCUUUCUAAGAGCUCUCACAGAGGUAACGA